AUGGAAUCUCUGAGCGACGAGGUGUGGGAUGUGGUCAUAGCUGGGACCAGCAUCCCACAAUCACUCCUCGCCUUAUCUCUGUCUCGGUCGGGCAAGAAAAUUCUCCAUGUUGAUCAUCAUGAUUAUUAUGGGGGUGAAGAUGCUGGUUUGAGUCUACAAGAUGUGGAAAAUUGGAUAUUGGAGGUCAACGGAGGCCAUAGCAACACUUUUAAGGAUGCAACUCUCACAAAACCUCCUGCGGAUGCUGGAAAACUUGCUCCAUCACGCUCCUACACCCUCAGCCUCAAUCCUCAGAUCAUUUACGCACAAUCCGCUAUCCUCCCUACACUUGUGGCAUCUCGAGUUCAUACUCAGCUAGAGUUUUUGGCUGUCGGGUCCUUGUGGAUUCAUCGUGCUGGAAUAUUGCAGAAGGUUCCUAGUACUCGUGAAGAUGUCUUCAAUGACGACACGUUGUCGAUGAAAGACAAGCGAGGUCUCAUGAAGUUCUUGCGAUAUGUUCUGCAAGAGGAGGAUGACCAAGGUCCGAAUGAUCCGGAGGAUUCGCAGAUAUCUUUUCAGGAAGCUCUUACGAGCAAGUUCAAAAUUUCCGAAUCCCUACAGGCACCAUUGCAAGCCCUCGCACUCUCGCCGCUCCCUCCAAGUCUGACCCGUUUUGACACUGCCCUCGCGAGGAUCAGACGGCACAUGCGGUCCCUGGGUUACUUCGGUCCUGGCUUUGGUGCAGUAGUCGCGAAAUAUGGAGGCAAUUCCGAAUUAGCGCAGGUUGCUUGCAGAUCUGGCGCGGUCGGUGGAUUCACUUAUCUACUCGGAAAUCGUCUCGAAGAUCUGAAGAUCAUCAAAAAUACUACUGCGGCCAAUAUCACCCCAGAUGUAAAUGAUGAGCAACAGAAUAUGAUUGAGGGUAUCCUACCGGAUGGUACUAGAAUCAUAUCGAGACUCGUGGUUGGAGGCAGGGAUGACCUGCCGAAUUCUGAGGGUGGCCCCUCUUCCGCCAACUCUACAUCUGCAUGGAGAUCUAUCAGCAUUGUUACCGAUCCUCUUCGCAAUCUUUUCCCGCAGACUGCCGACAAUGGACCUGUACCAGCUGUCGCAAUUGUUUUUGCCGAUGCAGGUGCUACUGGUGCUGAGACCGCGCCGAUUUAUCUUCAGGUCCACUCUGAAGACACAGGUGAAUGUCCAAGUGGUCAAUGUAUCAUAUACGCAUCAAUUGCAGAUCAUAGCCCUUCAGCAAAGUUAAGGCUGGAGAAGUCUGUGACAGAUUUUCUUGCAACCUGUGGCGUGGGAACGUCAAAUGUUUGGAGUCUGUCUUACGCCUAUUCGGGAGCAGAUCUAAGCUCACAAGCAGGCUAUACGCCCUCGGAGAUGUCUGCCCAAGUUACUAGCCUUGCGCCCAGACCUCUCGACAUUGCGUUUUCCGAUGAUGUUCUUACUUCUGUAAAAGAUGUCUGGAAGUUGAUUCUCGGUGACGAUGCGCAUGAUGAUACAUUCCUCCGAUUUGAGGAACGCGAAAAUGAAAGUGAAAAUGACUGA